UGGGCCACCACACCCAACCUCAGAUUUGUAAUUAUUUUCCUUGCUACUUCUAAUUUUUUUAAAAGCAUAAGUCAGUGGGCAGCAGGUUUUGGAGGUCAGACCCUUAGGAAUUAUUUCUUGCAGCUUCCAGAUCCCCAUCCUAAUGAUGAACACCUGUGCUAGGCUUAGUCAAAUUAUACUGUUUCCCAGUAAACUCUGGUCUUCAAGGAAGCUGAAACCAGAGGAGCUCUAAUAAUACAUGUUUUUAACCUGUGGUUUGGGCUUGAGCCAAUGGCAUCAAACAGAGAGCAGCUAAAAUGAGCUGUUGCAAGUGAAAGUUUAUCUAAAAAAUAGUUAAUGAAAAACUUUGAGAGCUGCAGGGAUGCAUGACAGAUUGGCAACUCACUUUGAGAAAGAGACUAUUCCCAGUUCCAAGUCCCAGACACACAGCCUGCGGGUAAGUCAUCAGAAAUAAAAUAAGCGGGUAAACGGGACAGGGGAAAAACAGUACCCUCUAACAUUUAUCAACCAUGCAAGCCAAAGCUACUGAUGAAGUUAAAUAGACAACAAUCCUUAGUGUUUAUUUUCUGUUCAGUGAGGUUGCCAACCUGAGCUUCCAGAGGACUAACACCACAAUUAAAGGCAGGCAGUUUCAGGGGAACACAAUGAAAGAUGGACCAAAACAGAGUAUUUUGAUGUUUAGAUUGAAAUCUACUAUUGGCUAGGAAAGCGGUGUUUAUUGUGUCUAAAGACAAUAAUACUAUUAUACAUCCAGCAAUUAUGGUCACGGGGCCACUCAAACAAGUAGUGGUUUGUUUUGGUUGGAGAGAAAGAACCAAGGCUUUGCUUGCAGUAUUGCUGGGUAUGUGGGUUUGGUUUUGUUGCAGUUUAGUGGGCUGUGGGCUUUUGCAGCCACCCUCAAAAGGAUGAAGAAAAUUUUAAACAGCUUCAUGGUUGGUAACAGGAGUCCCCUGAUCCCUUCAGGAAAACCAAAGAUACUCAGGCCAGUAAUUUAAUCAGGAGAAGAUUUAUCAGUUGGAGUGACAGUUUUAAAGGCACAAACUCUCUGUGUGAUUCUAAGCAGAUAUCGAGUCCAGUUGAGAAGCCAGUCAAACGGAUAAUUCUUGGAGUUCUCUACCAGCUAUUCUGAGUCUGAGAUCUGCCUUCUUAUUCUGGCAAAUCAGAACCAAUGUUAUUCUCCCAGAUUUGGGGCAUCAUAUCUAUUAUGGGUCAUGGCGCCCCCUGAAGUCAAAGGCCUUUCAUUUCCAUCAUCUACCUGGAUUCCUGCCUGUUUAUCUACUCUUCUAUUGAAUGCAACCUAUUCUACAAUCCAGAGCUCUCUGGCCUCUCAGAGAAAAGGUUUUCAAAUUAAAGCUUUCACAGCACUGCGCUUCCUCUCAGAACCUUCUGAUGCCGUCACAAUGCGGGGAGGAAAUGUCCUCCUCGACUGCUCUGCAGAGUCUGACCGAGGAGUUCCAGUGAUCAAGUGGAAGAAAGAUGGCAUCCAUCUAGCCUUGGGAAUGGACGAAAGGAAGCAGCAACUUUCAAAUGGGUCUCUGUUGAUACAAAACAUACUUCAUUCCAGACACCACAAGCCAGAUGAGGGACUUUACCAAUGUGAGGCAUCUUUAGGAGAUUCUGGCUCAAUUAUUAGUCGGACAGCAAAAGUUGCAGUAGCAGGACCACUGCGGUUCCUUUCUCAGACAGAAUCUGUCACAGCCUUCAUGGGAGACACAGUGCUACUCAAGUGUGAAGUCACUGGGGAGCCCAUGCCAACAAUCCACUGGCAGAAGAACCAACAGGACCUGACUCCAAUCCCAGGCGACUCCCGAGUGGUGGUCUUACCCUCUGGAGCACUGCAGAUCAGCCGACUCCAACCAGGGGACAUUGGAAUUUACCGAUGCUCAGCUCGAAAUCCAGCCAGCUCAAGAACAGGAAAUGAAGCAGAAGUCAGAAUUUUAUCAGAUCCAGGACUGCACAGACAGCUGUAUUUUCUGCAAAGACCAUCCAAUGUAGUAGCCAUUGAAGGAAAAGAUGCUGUCCUGGAAUGUUGUGUUUCUGGCUAUCCUCCGCCAAGUUUUACCUGGUUACGAGGCGAGGAAGUCAUCCAACUCAGGUCUAAAAAGUAUUCUUUAUUGGGUGGGAGCAACUUGCUUAUCUCCAACGUGACAGAUGAUGACAGCGGAAUGUAUACCUGUGUUGUCACAUAUAAAAAUGAGAAUAUUAGUGCCUCUGCAGAGCUCACAGUCUUGGUUCCGCCAUGGUUUUUAAAUCAUCCUUCCAACCUCUAUGCCUAUGAAAGCAUGGAUAUUGAGUUUGAAUGUACAGUCUCUGGAAAGCCUGUGCCCACUGUGAAUUGGAUGAAGAAUGGAGAUGUGGUCAUUCCUAGUGAUUAUUUUCAGAUAGUGGGAGGAAGCAACUUACGGAUACUUGGGGUGGUGAAGUCAGACGAAGGCUUUUAUCAAUGUGUGGCUGAAAAUGAGGCUGGAAAUGCCCAGACCAGUGCACAGCUCAUUGUUCCUAAGCCUGCUAUCCCAAGCUCCAGUGUCCUCCCUUCAGCUCCCAGAGAUGUGGUCCCUGUCUUAGUUUCCAGCCGGUUUGUCCGUCUCAGCUGGCGCCCACCUGCAGAAGCGAAAGGGAACGUUCAAACCUUCACGGUCUUUUUCUCCAGAGAAGGUGACAACAGGGAACGAGCGUUGAAUACAACACAGCCUGGGUCCCUUCAGCUCACCGUGGGAAACCUGAAGCCAGAAGCCAUGUACACCUUUCGAGUUGUGGCUUACAAUGAAUGGGGACCGGGAGAGAGUUCUCAACCCAUCAAGGUGGCCACACAGCCUGAGUUGCAAGUUCCAGGGCCAGUAGAAAACCUGCAAGCUGUAUCUACCUCACCUACCUCAAUUCUUAUUACCUGGGAACCCCCUGCCUAUGCAAAUGGUCCAGUCCAAGGUUACAGAUUGUUCUGCACUGAGGUGUCCACGGGAAAAGAACAGAAUAUAGAGGUUGAUGGACUAUCUUACAAACUGGAAGGCCUGAAAAAAUUCACCGAAUAUAGUCUUCGAUUCUUAGCUUAUAAUCGCUACGGCCCAGGAGUAUCUACUGAUGAUAUAACAGUGGUUACACUUUCUGACGUGCCAAGUGCCCCGCCUCAGAACGUCUCCCUGGAAGUGGUCAAUUCAAGAAGUAUCAAAGUUAGCUGGCUGCCUCCUCCAUCAGGAACACAAAAUGGAUUUAUUACCGGCUAUAAAAUUCGACACAGAAAGACGACCCGCAGGGGUGAGAUGGAAACGCUGGAGCCAAACAACCUCUGGUACCUAUUCACAGGACUGGAGAAAGGAAGUCAGUACAGUUUCCAUUUUUUUUUAAUGACAGUCAAUGGCACUGGACCACCUUCCAACUGGUAUACUGCGGAUUUUUUUUUGAAUGAUCUGGAUGAAUCUCAAUUUUUUUUUCAACCAAGCUCUCUCCAUGUGAGGCCCCAGACCAACUGCAUCAUCAUGAGUUGGACUCCUCCCUUGAACCCAAACAUCGUGGUGCGAGGUUAUAUUAUCGGCUAUGGCGUUGGGAGCCCUUACGCUGAGACAGUGCGUGUGGACAGCAAGCAGCGAUAUUAUUCCAUUGAGAGGUUAGAGUCAAGUUCCCAUUAUGUAAUCUCCCUAAAAGCUUUUAACAAUGCUGGAGAAGGAGUUCCUCUUUAUGAAAGUGCCACCACCAGGUCUAUAACAGAUCCCACUGACCCAGUUGAUUAUUAUCCUUUGCUUGAUGAUUUCCCCACCUCGGUCCCAGAUCUCUCCACCCCCAUGCUCCCACCAGUAGGUGUACAGGCUGUGGCUCUUACCCAUGAUGCUGUGAGGGUCAGCUGGGCAGACAACUCUGUCCCUAAGAACCAAAAGACAUCUGAGGUGCGACUUUACACUGUCCGGUGGAGAACCAGCUUUUCUGCGAGUGCAAAAUACAAGUCAGAAGACACAACAUCUCUAAGUUACACAGCAACAGGCCUCAAACCAAACACAAUGUAUGAAUUCUCGGUCAUGGUAACAAAAAACAGAAGGUCCAGUACUUGGAGCAUGACUGCGCAUGCCACCACGUAUGAAGCAGCCCCCACCUCUGCUCCCAAGGACUUGACAGUCAUUACUAGGGAAGGGAAGCCUCGUGCCGUCAUUGUGAGUUGGCAGCCUCCCUUGGAAGCCAAUGGGAAAAUUACUGCUUACAUCUUGUUUUAUACCUUGGACAAGAACAUCCCAAUUGAUGACUGGAUUAUGGAAACAAUCAGUGGUGAUCGGCUUACUCAUCAAAUCAUGGAUCUCAACCUUGACACUAUGUAUUACUUUCGGAUUCAAGCACGAAAUUUGAAAGGAGUGGGGCCGCUCUCUGAUCCCAUCCUCUUCAGGACUCUGAAAGUGGAACACCCUGACAAAAUGGCUAAUGACCAAGGUCGUCAUGGAGAUGGAGGUUAUUGGCCAGUUGAUACUAAUUUGAUUGAUAGAAGCACCCUAAAUGAGCCGCCAAUUGGACAGAUGCACCCUCCACAUGGCAGCAUCACUCCUCAGAAGAACAGCAACCUGCUUGUGAUCAUCGUGGUCACCGUUGGUGUCAUCACAGUGCUGGCAGUGGUCAUCGUGGCUGUGAUUUGCACCCGACGCUCUUCAGCCCAGCAGAGAAAGAAACGGGCCACCCACAGUGCUGGCAAAAGGAAGGGCAGCCAGAAGGACCUCCGACCCCCUGAUCUUUGGAUCCAUCAUGAAGAAAUGGAGAUGAAAAAUAUUGAAAAGCCAUCUGGCACUGACCCUGCAGGAAGGGACUCUCCCAUCCAAAGUUGCCAAGACCUCACACCAGUCAGCCACAGCCAGUCAGAAACCCAACUGGGAAGCAAAAGCACCUCUCAUUCAGGUCAAGACACUGAGGAAGCAGGGAGCUCUAUGUCCACUCUGGAGAGGUCACUGGCUGCACGCCGAGCCCCCCGGGCCAAGCUCAUGAUUCCCAUGGAUGCCCAGUCCAACAAUCCUGCUGUUGUGAGUGCCAUCCCUGUGCCGACCCUAGAAAGUGCCCAGUACCCAGGAAUCCUCCCGUCUCCCACCUGUGGAUAUCCCCACCCGCAGUUCACUCUCCGGCCUGUGCCAUUCCCAACACUGUCAGUGGACCGAGGUUUCGGAGCAGGAAGAAGUCAGUCAAUGAGUGAAGGACCAACUACCCAACAACCACCCAUGCUGCCCCCAUCUCAACCUGAGCAUUCUAACAGUGAGGAGGCACCAAGCAGAACCAUCCCCACGGCUUGUGUUCGACCAACUCAUCCACUCCGCAGCUUUGCUAAUCCUUUGCUACCUCCACCAAUGAGUGCAAUAGAACCGAAAGUCCCUUACACGCCACUUUUGUCUCAGCCAGGGCCCACUCUUCCUAAGACCCAUGUGAAAACAGCCUCCCUUGGGUUGGCUGGAAAAGCAAGAUCCCCUUUGCUUCCUGUGUCUGUGCCAACAGCCCCUGAAGUGUCUGAGGAGAGCCACAAACCAACAGAGGAUUCAGUCAAUGUGUAUGAACAGGAUGAUCUGAGUGAACAAAUGGCAAGUUUGGAAGGACUCAUGAAGCAGCUUAAUGCCAUCACAGGCUCAGCCUUUUAACAUGUAUUUCUGAAUGGAUGAGGUGAAUUUUCCAGGAACUUUGCAGCAUACCAAUUACCCAUAAACAGCACACCUGUGUCCAAGAACUCUAACCAGUGUACAGGUUACCCAUCAGGACCACUCAAUUAAGGAAGAUCCUAAAGCAGUUCAGAAGGAAUAAGCAUUCCUUCUUUCAUAGGCAUCAGGAAUUGUCAAAUGAUGACUAUGAGGUCCCUAAACAAAAGCAAAGAUGCAUUUUCACUGCAACGUCAAAGUUUAAGCUGCUAGAAUAGUCCUGGGCCUUUGCCACUGCAGUGACCACACUGUCAUAACUAAUGCCUAUGUUUUCCUUUGUCAAGGCCUGUUGUUUAAUGUGUAGGUCUAGUCUUACAAAAUGCAAGUGCAUUAUUUAAGCCUGUACCAUGCCAUGGCAAACCAGUGCAAGCUCACUAUUUUGUUUUCAACUUUAACAUACAAAGCACCCAUGGGAAUCUCUCAUGCCAUAGCACCAAAGGAUUGGAUGUUUUCCUUACAGCACAAAAAGUAAAGAGUAAACAAACAAAAGGCAGAGAAUGCUUAUGUUUGUAACUCAGUCAUUCAUCUUGCAUAAGUGGUGGAUAUUAGUGAGGGGCUAAAAAUUCACCUAUUUUGGCAAGUAUUUGUAAAUCCACCCUUGGUUAAUAUGUAUGUUUGGAGUCCAGGAACAUAAAAAUCUGCAACUAGUGGCAUUCUGCCAGCAGCAGUACAUUUCUGGAAAGAGGACAUAAUAUACAGCCUUCUCAGACACAUGGUAAUUAUAUGCUUAAGCUUGUAAUAGGACACUUUUCAAUUUGGGUGGCUUUUGUGCCAUACCACACUGUGAUGCAAUUUCAAAGCUUCACCAAGGCCAUCUUCCUUAGGAGUUUGGCCAGAAGAAUGCCCCCACCCCUUCACCCCAUCCCUCCCUGAGUUCUCCUUGGCAACUAGCAUUGGGUGAAAUGGCCAGCUCCACAUGUCAUAUGGUGCACUGGCCAAUGUCGCCUGUCUUCUACUCCCAUAGAAAUGGCAGAUUCCCUGAGAGCAGGCCCCGAGGAAGAGAAGGAAUAUAAAAGGUAACUUCUAACAGUACCUUCUCUUAAAGAAUGCCAACUCUGCCUACAGACAGGGUCAGUGUUGGGAAGCAUUGGCCACCAGACCCUUUUUUUAAGGAAAUCUUUUACACCACACCUGUGUCAGAGUCAGGAGAAAGCAGAGGGGUAGGUGCCACCUGACACUUCUGACGC